UAUUCACCGCGGGUAAGGAACAAUCACAGUCUCUUCCAGUCCUUUCCUGAACUAGAGGUGAAACCUGUCCUAUUACCACCUUUAACCCGCCCAGCCAGCGGUGGGAGCUGUGUGGCUCGGGGUGAGCAGAGCUGUGUCCGGGUCUGAGCCCUGUGGGGACAGAGCCGUGUGCCCAUGGCCGAGCCCAGGGACGGGAGCUGUGUACCCGGUGUCCAGGGCCGAACUCGGCCGGGAGCAGGAGAUUGGGCCGGGGCCGGGUCCGAGUCCCGGGGGAUGGAGCGGUGACCGGGGCUGAGCUCCGGGGAACCGGUUCUGCGUGCCCAGGUCUGAUCCCUGGCACACCGGAGCUCUGUCCGGGUCCCAGUCCCGGAGCCCGCUGCCAGAUCCGAGUCUCGGGGGACAGCAGCCGUGUCCGGAGCCAAAUCCCGGGUCCCGGCCCCUUGUGCCCGGAGCCGAGUCCUGGGUUCCCAGAGCCAAAUCCCGGGUCCCGGCCUCUUGUGCCCGGAGCCGAGUGCCGGGGUACCAGAGCCAAAUCCCGGGUCCCGGCCCCUUGUGCCCGGAGCCGAGUGCCGGGGUACCAGAGCCGAGUGUGCGGCGGCAGGCGGAGCACCCUCCGCCCGCCCUCCACUGCCCAUCCCCGCCUUGCCCUCACGCCCCCGGCCCCUCACGCCGGCCCGCCCGCCGCUCGCAGGGCCGUGUGGGAGCUGUAGUUCCGCGGUGACGCGGCCGCAUCGCCGCCGCCUGCUCCGCCGCUCCGUGCGGGGCCAUGGCCGCCCGCUCCCUGCGCCGCCUCGGGGCCCUGCUGCCCGCGGCCGGCAAGGCCGGCACAGGCAGGGUUAUUUUUCAGCUGGUUUAACUCCUUGAGAUUGAAUUCUGCUCAGCUCCGGUACUGGAAUAAAAGGGGCAAAACAGCUGAACAGCAGUGAGGCUUCAUGAUAGACCCCAGAACAAAUUCUGUGCACUUGUGUGACAUUGAACCUGAGCAAUGCAGCCUUGCUAAAGAGGAAGAAUGCUUCAUGGUGCAGGCCUGUUUGUAUUUCAGAGGGUGCCCCUGUGCUUUCAGCACUGCAGCUCAGCAGAGAAGUACAGGAGACGAGUGUGGCCCAGAGGACCCCAGUGAGGAGCCCAAGCACCCCCUCUCUGACUGUGCCUUGGAGCACAAAGCCAUCAAAUUGGAAGAGCAAGUCCGGGAUUUAACUGAGCGAUACCGGAGAGCUUUGGCAGAUUCCGAGAACGUCCGGAGGAGAACGCAGAAGUUUGUGGAAGAUGCCAAACUCUUUGGCAUCCAGAGUUUCUGCAGGGACCUGGUGGAGGUGGCAGACAUCCUGGAGAAGACAGCCGAGAGCGCCGCGGGCCACGCGGAGGAGCCCAGCGAUCCCAACCCCACCCUGAAGAAGAUCUACGAGGGCCUCUCCCUCAUCGAGGCCAAGCUUCAGAGCGUCUUUGCCAAGCACGGCCUGCAGAAGAUGAACCCCGUGGGUGGCAGGUACGACCCCUACGACCACGAGAUCAUCUGCCACGUGCCGGCCGAGGGCAUGCAGCCGGGCACGGUGGCGCUGGUCACGCAGGACGGCUACAAACUGCACGGCCGCACCAUCAGGCACGCGCUGGUCGGCGUGGCCGUGGAGGCACAGGAGUGACGUGGCUUCAGCUGCUCCACCUGGGACCUCGCUGGGCUGGGGACAGUCACAGCUGCGUGUGUUUGCUUAUUUAUUGAGCUGGGGUUGUGUCGUGGGAUGGCUUCGGGGGCGUCGCCGUUCGUUCUGAGGUACUCGUGUGUUUAAUGAUCCUCCUUGGAGCCUUGCAGUCCUGCUGUUUGUCAGAAGUUUGGGGCACUGUAGCCUCCUUGUCUGCUUAUUUCUCCGUGGUUUGUAUGGGGAAGAGGGGAGAUGUGGAGAGAAAGGGAAAUGCUCUUCUUGUCUCCCUGUUCCAUCUCUGAGGGAGACUCCUGCAGUGGCCUCCAGGAAAGGAACUUCUCUGCCUCACUUUCCACAGCUGUACUAAUGGACUGUAAUAAUACUGACCUACCUCACAGGGAUGUGGUGAGGCUUUUCAUGUGCAAAGCACUGGGAAAAGUCCAGAGGGAUGAGUAUUAUUAUCACCUGGUUUUGAUGUCUUCCCUUGUCCCCACACCCCUCGGAUGGGGUGAAGAUGAUCACUUGAAAUAACAUUUAGGGGCAGCUUUUUCUUACUUGCUUCAGGAAAACAAUUUGGAAUUCAUGGAAUCUCUGUUGUACUAGAGUUGAAUAGAGAUGAGGGUUUAAAAAGAAUUCAGUUGUUAGGUCAGACUAAUGGUAAUAUUCCUUGUCCACAUAAAAUUCCAGCUUGACUCUUUGUUCCCAAAGGUAAAACAGGGAGCAGUGAUUUGUGGUGGAGCCAGAAAACUGUCCUCACAUCUCUUAAUCUCCAACCCAAAUGUAUGUUUUAGAGGAGAGUAAUUUCUCUUCCCUGGUGGGUAUUUGUGCAGCUUUCAAGCAUGAUAAACUAUGUGCUCUUUGUUGCAGCUGCUGGCAAAAUGGAGCUGUGCCCUUAAGCAGGAAAUCUGGACUGUUCUGUUUUCUCAGGUCUCUGGUAAAGAUCCUCAGAUUACACCAACUUCCAGUCCACAUUCUGAUUCUACUUUCAAUGAUCCUAGUAAAUAUGAAACCUUUUGGGUUUUGAUGCAAGGAGAAAAAAUCUUUGCUUCAAAGUCUCAAGUGCCCUUGAACCAAUUUUAGCAGCAGUGACAAGAAAGCAAGAGAAGCAGAAGGCUGAGGAAGUGAAAGCUGACCUCGAGCUGUCCUCCUGGUUGGAGGCAUGUUGUUGUCACAGCACAUAUGUAUUUCCCACUGGCCUUAUUGCCUGGGAGUUCAUUUAUCUCAGCUGAAAGGAUGCAGUCACUGAGGAGGAUCAGAAUUUAACCCUUUGCAGAGCAGCAAGCAGCCAAAUGACAGAAGAACAGUUAAGCCAGAAAACCAGGAAUAGUUGGUUUUCAGCUUGUUUCUUACUGAUUUGUUCAUUCCUUCUUUUUUUACUUUCUGGAAUUGGUUCCAUAAUCUGCCAAAUGCACUUCCAAAAGUGCUUUACUUAGAGUGGAUGCCAUCCCUGGUUUGGAAAAAAAUUUAUUCUUCUCCCAUUCAUUUGGAGGCUUCAGCUGAAAAACCCUUUUGUAGUGGACUUCAGGAUUGUCACAGCCUUUAAUACUGCCAGUCUUUCACCUGGGGAGACUGUGUGCAGUUAGUGGGUUGGCAUCCAAGAAAUUUAAGGAAUCUGCACAUUUCUAACCUGCUCCAUGCAACCUUUUUUAGUGGCAGCUGUGGUGUGAGUCUGUAAUGGAUCCUUUUUGGAGUGUGGGUUUCUGCCUCUGUGCAGUAGGUUCUGAGGGAGGUACUGGAGAUUUCAGCCCUGAAACAGCACUUCUGGCAGCUGUAGCUCAUGGGCAAACCUCUUGUACAGUGUCUUGUAUUAUUACCUUGUUUUUGGAAGUUUCACAGAUAAACAGGACUUCCUAUCCAUUGUGCUGAGCAGGUCACCAGGGUACGCUGUUUCUCCAGAGAAGAAUGGUAAAACAUGAAAUGUGACACUACAAAUCUGGCUGUUCUUCCUCAAAAGUAAGGAGCCCAUGUCCUCAGCUGGAAGGAACAGUGGGGGAAAGCUGGAAACCAACUUUGAAAGUGAAACUUUAGUUGUAAGGAGCCAAACAGAAGCACAGGCAUUUUACACUACAGACAGUUUUCUGUCACAGAGAGGCUGCAGCUGGGUGUGACCAGGAAGGAUGGGAUCCAAAUCCUCUUUAAACUCACCCAUGGAGCCACUGGACUGUAAAAAAAGUGUUACAGCCACUCAGUCCAACUUGGGUUUGCCAACUCUGCCUGUCUCCUCAGCCAGUGUUCACCCACUUCUGCCUUAAGGAAAUUCCCUAAAAUGCACUCCAGACCUUCUGUCUGUACUGAGAGAGGAUUUAUCAGCGUGUGUGUCUGGGCUCUGCUCUCACUGAGGCACUGCAGGGUGGCUGCAGCAGGACUCUGAGGGAUCCAGCUCCUCUGCAGGCUUUCCCACCCUCACAGAGGCCCUCUUUAAUUUGGGGCAAGUUCUUCUCCCAGUGAAACCUGCAAAACUUCUACAGGAUCCUGUCAGGUUUUAUGAUUCCUGUGAAAUGGAGGCAAUGCUGAGAGACUUUCACAGAUGUUACCAAAGAGAUAAAUCCUGUAGCUGUUGUUUGUCCCAGUUUCUGCUUCCUUUGAAAGGUGAAGUGAAAAUGAAAUAACCAAACCUGGAUUCCAUCACAGAAUCCAGAUUUCCCAGGUAAAAUUUGAUUCUCUUGCCUUUCAAGCACACUUAAUGUUUUUUUUUUUUGUCCUGGAUGAGAUUGUGGAAGGGUGGGGUGAAUUUCUCCUUGGUUUUUGCUGCUUUUUCUGCCCUGUUUCUGUAACUCCUGCAGGGAGGGCCCUGUCCCACGAGCUGCUCCUCUGCAGUCACUUUACCCAGUGACUGUUCAAUAAAACACAGGAAUACAUGAACAGGGCAGGAAUAGCAGAGGAGAGGAAGUGUCAUGUACCUUUUGGUCAUUUCCACACCUGGACAAGUCUCCAGUGGCACUGUCAUGAGCAUGGCAAGAUCUGAACUCUGAGCAGGAGCAGUGCAGAAUGAAAUGGAUGUUGCUUUGUGAACCUGAACUUCCCAGUGCUUCAAGCAGCAGAGCUUCUGUUGGAAGAGCUGUGAUCACUCAAUAGCUCCUAGCAGUACCUUAAUUAAAAAAAAAAAAAGAGUAUUUAAGGUUUAUAUUGUGAAUAUUGUAGUAUUUUUUUAUUUUAAAAUGCAAGGUGUUUUGGUAUUAUUUGUAAAGUCAAAUGAACAAAGCGUUGCUAAUGUCCAAAAAUCCAAGGCCAUUGAGGUGGGGGCAAAAUGUGUAUAUAUUGUAAUUUUUGUGUGUUUCUGUGCUCUUUGUUUACCCAAAGGUUCUGGCUGUAUGAAAGACAGAGAUGUGUGAGAGCAGUGCAAGAAAUUGACAACAACAUUUGCGUUGCUGUUGGAAAGGUCUGAUUUCCUUUAGCUGUCCAGAUUCUGUCCAUUUGCUAAUAAAACAGAAGAAUUGCA